UUCUCGGAGGAGUGAUAAGGCUCAAAGGCCCACUUCUUGGAGCGCAUCGAGGAGUGACAAAGGCCAAAACUUUCUCACCGGCGGCGCUCGUUCCCCAAUCCCCUCGCCGCCGGCGCCUUCGCCAUGCUCCGCCUCCGGAGCUGCGUCGUCGCGCACCUGCUCCCCUCUCCCAUCACCUCUCACGGCUACGCUCUCCGCCGACUCCUCUCCGCCACCACCGCCGUUUCCCCACCCACCGGAUUCGCCGUCGAGGAGUACCUGGUCGGCACCUGCGGCCUCACCCGAGCACAAGCGCUCAAGGCCUCUGCAAAGCUCUCCCACCUCAAGUCCCCCGCCAAGCCCGACGCCGUCCUCGCCUUCCUCGCCGGCCUCGGCCUCUCCAGCGCCGACGUCGCCGCCCUCGUCGCGCGGGAUCCCAAGUUCCUCUGCGCCGGCGUGGAGGCGACCCUGUCCCCCAUCGUCGUCGAGCUCACGGGCCUCGGGCUGUCGUCCUGAGAUCGCGCGACUCGUCCCGCUCAGUGCCAAGCAGUUCCGCUGCAAGUCCGUCGUAUCCAAGCCUCGAGAAGGUGGUCAAGCGGAACUUGAAGUUGCUGCAGGAGUGCACGCUAGGUGCUUGCGAUGUUGGCAAGCUGGCCAUCUUUAUGCCAAGGAUGCUCACCGCCAACGUGCAACAAAUCCGGGCGAUGGUUGCCUCUGCUGAGGCUUUAGGCGUGCCUCCUGGCUCUGCGAUGUUCAGGCAAGCUCUGCGGUCUGUUGCGUUAGUUAGUGAGGAGAAGAUGGCCACCAAAGUGGAUCACUUAAAGAAGGCAACAAGGUGGUCGGAUGCCGAUGUCGCCAUUGCUGUGUCCAAGUGGCCGAUUCUGCUGAGGUGGUCCAAGGAAACGCUGCAGCGCAAGUCCGACUUCCUCAUCGCGGAGGUGGGAUUGGAACCGGCGUACAUUGCUCGUCGGCCAGCGAUGCUUAGUUUUAGCCUGGAGGGCCGGCUCAGGCCCCGGUACUAUGUUAUGAGGUUUCUCAAGGAAAAUGGAUUGCUAGAUCAUGACAGAGACUACUACACUAUGGUCUUGUUUGGCGAGAAGGUGUUUGUGGAGAAAUUCAUAUGCCCUCACAAGGAAGCUGCGCCGCACCUCCCUGAAGACUAUGCUGCUGCUCGCAGAGGGGAAAUGCCGACUAAUUUCAGAUUUGUAUGAGCUAAUUUCGCGGAGGAGAACUUUAGCCUGGAGGUCCGGCUCAGACCCUGCUACUAUCUUUUCAAGUUUCUUAAGGAAAACGGAUUGCUCAAAGGUGACCCGAGCUGUUAUACAAUCGCCAAGUUCACUGAGAAGGCAUUCGUGGAGAUGUGCAUAUGUCCUCACAAGGAAGCUGCACCGCGCCUUGCUGAAGACUAUGUGGCUUCUUGCCGAGGAGAAGUGCCAACUAAUUUCAGAAUUACAUGAACCAAGAGCAUGCUAUGAAAAUUGGUAACUGUAUACGGUGCGACGAAUUCCUAUUUCUGUGUACUUUGCCUAGCUGGAUGUUGGUUCUACACUUUUAGAUGCUGGUAUGGCCGUUGUUAACGCUGGGUUUAAGUGAUGAUUUGAAUCCUGAUAUCUUAAUGGAUCAUUUAGUAGAGGAAAAAUCAUGGCUUGUUA